GCAUUGUUGAGCUUCGUACCGUGUUCGUAUACCGCAAUACUUUCUAUCUAAUGAUACAGCAGUUUUUAUAUUGUAUAAGAUAUUUGAUAAGUUUCCAAACCUAUAGAAAAACUUGAAGUGAGAGUGUCUCAAGGGAAAAUGGCUGCUCAAAAUCCAGAGGUGAAAUUGGAAGAUGGGCGACUGAAGGGAGGUCGUAUGGUCGAUUUAGAUGGAAAUGGUUUCUACUGUUUUCUGGGAAUACCAUAUGCAAAACCACCUGUGGGACAGCUGAGAUUCAAGGCUCCAGAACCUGCCGAACCAUGGGAAGGUGUACUAGAUGCAACAAAAGAUGGUCCUUGUUGCUACCAGAGGGAUUUCCUUGACCUAACAAAGUUGGACGGUUCAGAAGACUGCUUGAACCUCAAUGUUUACACGAAAACGCUACCUUCAGAACACUCCAGCCUCAAGCCAGUGAUGGUCUACAUCCAUGGUGGCGCGUUCACUUCGGGUUCCAACAAGUCCUCCAUCGAAGGUCCCCACUACCUGAUGACCGAAGACAUCGUCCUGGUGGUCAUCAACUAUCGGCUAGCCGUGUUGGGCUUCUUGAGCGCCGAAGACGACUCGCUGGAUGUUCCCGGUAAUGCAGGCCUCAAAGACCAGACGCUGGCCUUGAAGUGGGUCCAAAGGAACAUCAAGAGCUUCAAUGGAGAUCCUGGAAAUGUGACGAUAUUCGGGAUCAGUGCUGGUGGAGCUUCUGUACACUAUCAGGUUAUGUCUCCAACGGCCAAAGGUCUCUUCCACAAAGCCAUCUGUCAAAGCGGAUCAGUACUCAAUCCGUGGCCUUAUGGACGAAGAAAUGUGCUAGAAUUCGCCCGAACGAUAGAUGAUACAGUCAAAACCGAAAAAGAGGCUUUGGAAGUAUUGAGAAACGUCCCAAUCGAGAAGUUAUACGAGUAUCAAGAGAAAUAUCGAAUUGAUAAAUCCGAGCUGGGCACCUUUGCACCGAUAAUCGAGCACCCCAAUCCGACAGCGUUCAUAACCAAACACCCCAUAGAACUCAUCACUUCAGGGGAGUAUAACAAGGUCCCCAUGAUAUUCAGCUACUGUUCGAAUGAAGGUCUCCUGAUAGAGAUAUAUGACAGGUUAACUAGAUUAGCAGGCAAAACUCCAAAUGAAAAAGGGUUUGACAGCUUCUUCUACAAUGAGAUGAAUGUGGACAAGGAUAGCGAUGUUGGAAAGCAAAUCUGCCGAAUGCUUUCCGAUUUUUAUACAAGAGAAGAAAAUUUGAAAGACAAAUUCAUGGUCUCCUCGGAUUUCUUCUUCAUCGCUGGCAUAAUAGCAGCAGUCAUCAACCAUGUGAAAACGAGCGAUAACCCGGUUUAUUUGUACAAAAUGUCAUUCGUUGGAAACCAAAACUUGUUGAAGAAAAUGUUCAGACUUGAUGAAUUCCCAGGUGCCUGCCACGGAGACGAUAUGACAUAUAUUUUCAAAUGUUCGAAAUUGCCUAUCGCUAUGGGAAAAGACGAAGAAACUACAAUAAGAAGAUUCACGAAAUUGUUUACCAAUUUUGCCAGAAAUGGAAACCCCACGCCCCCUGGAAACAACCUGAAUUUAACGUGGAAGCCUGCUGAUGAGAAAAACGUUUAUUUUCUGGAUAUAGACAACGAUCUUGCGCUGAAAUCCAAUCCUGAGUCUGACAGGAUUGAAUUGUGGAGAAAAAUUUUAAAACUGAGUCCUGCAACUAGUAAAUAUCUGUAAAUGUAAAAGUUUAAUCAUGUUUUAAUUAAAUAUUGUUACGAUCAUAUGCGACUUCUUGAACCUUUGAUACAUACAGUAAGGAGCAUGGCUGCAGGAGAUGAGAAUCAUUGACUUGGACUUUAUUCGCAGAACAA